CAAGAACUUCUUCCAGGUCUCCCACUCUGGUGCCAAAAGGAGGGAGCUUGAUCGGAAGUGGAGCUGCCUGGAGGACAAGCGGCGCCCGUUUGGAAUCCCGGCGAGUUCAAGGCGAGGACUUCACCCGCUAGGCCACGCCGCGGGGCCCCAAACUAACUCUUUUUAACUAAGCCAGCCCUGUGACGUCACACUUCCUGAGCAGCUGAUUAUGCCACCUACUUGUGGCCCCCCCCCCCCGUCAGCCUUGAGCCGAGUAGCCCCGCCCACCCAGAGGGGUGCUGCUCCAGCCACUUGCCAGCUUCUAGAACGCCGCAUUGCUUCGCUCCUUCCCUCAGCUACAAGAUCCCCUCAUCGCCACUCCACGCAUCGGAAAUGAACUUGAGGAAAACCGAAAUGGCCAGGAGGAGUGGGGGCUUGUCGCCCUGGCGGUUCUGGUGUCUUUUCCCGGUGCUGUGGGGUGCACUGCAAGCCGCAGGAUUUCGGGUGGAGAUGGCAGGGAGGACUCAGACCGUGUUUCUCAACGACAACAUCACCAUCACCUGCAAGAUCCCUGGUUCUCCCGCUCUGGACAUCAGCACUGUGGGUGUUGUCUGGUUUGUGAGGAAAAAAGGAUCGGAGGAGAAAGUUCCUCUGUUUGAGUAUUAUGGAGAUCACGAGAAGGCAUACCGAACUGGAGCCAACAUCUCUCCGGAGAAGCUGAUGAGGGGAGAGGCCUCACUGCACCUGCCAGCCAUUCAGCUCAGUGAUGCUGGAGAGUACUUCUGUAAGGUGGUGGUCACCCCUGAGAUGGAUGAGAAAAGUGUGCAGCUGGAAGUUGUGGACCCUGUGAAGAACAAUAGCUACGUGAUUGUUUUACCUAUUGUUGCAGUGCUGAUUUUAGCUAUAAUUAUUGUGGUUUACUGCAUUCAGAAAUGGUACAAACAGAAAAAGCAGACAUCCACUAGCAUGACAAAGAUUUAUGAAGCCGUGGACCAGAUCUGAGGCACGGGGGUUUGUUGCUUGGAAAGCGAGCCAUCCACAUCUGUGUGCUCCUUCAAGUUCUGUUUGCUCUGCUCUCCAUCCAGCUUCCUACUCAUGCCCCAGAGAAAGCAGUGAAUGAUGACUAAUGCCUGGGUCCCUAUCACCUAUCCAACCAAUCUGGAUGGAGUUCCUACCUCGGGGCUUUGACUCAGCACAGACCUCUGAAUGUAGCCGUGUCACCUCGUAGUGCCUUCCAUCAUGGACUGCAGCCUUGACUGUGUGCUCAAUCCCAUGACCUGCUUCAUCCUAUGCAAUGAAACAGUAGUGGAUGUGUGUCAGUCCCAGCCUAGACCUCAGGAGGCCAUGUGCAUUCAUCCUUGGACUUCUGUGAUGCUUCUGACCUUGAGCAAGUGCCUAGUCCAAGCCUGACUGCUGGUGGAAAAGGGAGAGACCAGAAGCAGAGCCACAUCAUCCUGCUUGCUCUCAGGGACACCAGCCUGGAUCACUGGAAGCUCUGUAACAGCACUUGAACACCCUAGCUGUGGUCGGAGGAGCCUCAGAGCCACCUCUCUCCAUUGCAGCAGGAAUAUUUAUGUCAAAAAGCCAAUGUUUACGGUUUGUUUGUUAGGCAGCAAAACUCACUGAUAGAGCUCCUUACUGAUCCUUCUCUUAGGCAGUUGCCUCAUAAAUGUUUGAGGAAGUAGCAGAUGGUGGCCCAAUGCUUGGACUGCUGUACCCCUAGGGGAACUAUGGAAGAAAUUCCUGGUUCCUGGUUUCAGCUCAGAUCAUCUCUGGCCUUAGUUGCUAUUUGGGCAUUGAACCAACAGAUGGCAGAGUUGUCUCUUUCUGCCAUUCUUCAUCUGUUAAUCUGCCUUUUAAGUCACUUCAAUAACUGUUGAAGAACAAUUGGAAUUGAUGAAAUGAAGUAAAGUAUCAAGAAAGGUGCACCUAAUCUGCACACCUAGCUUGCCAGAUUGAGA